AGUGCUCACAUUGAGAAGUUGAGAUUGUGACAAAUGAAUUCCAAGUAUUUUGAGAAGCUAUCUUGAAAACAUCAGGCAGUACUUGGUGUACGGUUCCCAGUUGUCCUUCCCGAGGGUUUCUAGUUUCAUUGCUGCGCCGGAGGCUAUUGCAACACAGUAGUAGAUUAUCGGACGGAGUCAGGAUUAAGUCGAGAUGUUAAACUGCUGUGAAAUCAUGCUCUAUGGAGGCUCACUCAACCUAAAGAGGAGAGAUUAGAGCAUAUGUGGCCUUCGAGCAGGAGAGCAGUUCAGAACGCAACUGCUGCCGCUAUCUCAGAGGUUGGAGCUCUGGGAAAUGUCGUUACAUAAACUACUGUAAGACAUGAGCUUCAGUGGCAGGAGGAUGGCUGUGCCAAUUGGUCUAAACAACGACAGCAUUUUAAGCUUCAUCAGUUUUUCUUGUACCUCUGCUGAAACGGUCUCGUUUUGCCCUCACAACAUUCACGUGAACCCGACAGAAGUCGCCUCUACCAGUCGACAAAAACCCUUCGACUAGAUCUUCUCUUGACCUGAGGCGGGCCACUAACUGAGCCAAAAACCGUCAGCCAGGCUUUGUCCAUGCCUCGUAAUUGGCGGACUUCGUGACUUUGUGAAGCACGGUUGGAACUGAUCUUCCACUAUAUCUGUCUAGUCCAGGAUCCAGGCAGUCUAUCUUACAUUGUUUGCUGAUCUUGAGGAGGGCAGAUCAUAUGUGCUGAUCCGAGCUUGUCAUUGACGAAAUGGGUCUGGGUCGUUGUGGCAAAGCUCUCCAGGGCUUCGUACAACAAUGAGUUCGAAGUACAGCGCAGUGGGAUUCCACUUUACAAGAAGAUUUGGAACGGGUUGAGUUGUUGACAGUCAUUGACUUUCGUCAUGGAGGAAGUUAAUACGUGCUCUGGCUCCGUACCACAAUUGACAAUCAAGUUGUGGCGUGAGGCUUCCGUGCAGUACACGGUGUUUAUUGAUUUCUAGGCAUUCACGAGGUCCAUCAUUGGGGGUGACUACAGAUCUGCGGACAUUCUAUAAAUCGGCAUAUUGUGUAAGCUCCAUCCAUCAAAAUCAUCAAGAGCUGUGUUGAAAUCUGUUGUGAGUUGUGUAGUGUGCAAGCUGAAUCCAGAGUGUCCUAAUUAUUCAAAGCGAUACUCAGUUUCGAAAGCACCUUCUUCGUUUCUGCAGGUUGAAUUAACUUACUAUUGCUAAUGCAGAGCUCCGGGCUAACGUUACGUAGCAACAACGUUAAUCAAUCUAUCUACUUGCUCAUUUAGUAUUCACGA